AUGGCCGCCUCGUUCACAUGCCAUGGAGCUAUACUGCCCAGCGGCAAUGCCCAUAUGAGCCACUCUCAUCACGGAAGCCACUCGAUCCAUGUAGACGAAGCUACCCUCGCUUCCUCUAUCACAACCACUACCUCGACUUCUACAAUAAGUCCUUCUACUACAUUCGCUCUCACUCCUGGCUAUGAUCAACCUGCUUCGUAUCUGGCAGUCUCAACUGUGCCAUCCCUCAAUAUCACUACAAGAGCUACCUCGCCCUGCUUAAGCGAUAUCUCAGAGUCCAAGACCUUUUACAGUACCGUAGAGGUCACUGAGAUUUGUGCGGAUGCAUGCGACUCGCCUACAGCUUUGGACUUGACGUCGAAUGAUUGCUUGGACCAGAUGGAAAACAGCUUGACGCAUGCAGUCGGACAACCAGAUACGGCGACGGCGACGCCUUCAACCCCUGCUUCGAAUAGCCAUCGCACGCCUAAAAGGAAACGAACAGUAUCGCCGCCGUCCUCUGCAAAAUCUCCUGAGCACCUUCGCUCCACAUCCCGAAGUACUCGCCGGUCCACACCGACAAGCCGCCGCAGUUCUUUGCAUUCGCACCGACGUGCAGCAACUACAUCGCUUACACCGUCCAUCGUCGAUCGAAAGGAUCCAGUGGCAAAGCGUGAGGAUCUUCUGGCCCUCCAUCGCGAGUCCUGCCGACUAUUCCAGGAUAACGAAUUACCACAAUCCUGCUUGCAGGAAAGACAAUCCCCCCCGGCAGCCCUUCCUUAUAUGACAUCUUGCGCACGCCGAGCAUCUUCUGAAUUCAGUUCACCGCCAGCUUCGCCGAUUGCAUACACCCGUUUCUCCACUUCAGCUCGAGAACCUGGGCUGGACACCAGCCUGAGCCCCGAUCAUCCGACUUAUGUACCCGCCGCCGAUUCAAUAGCCGACGGCGCUCCAAAACAGGUGACGUCGACGGUGAUCGACUGGACAUCACCAUCUACUCGCAGGCGAGAAUACGAGAAAAUCGAUCGAGCCAGCAACGGUGUCCGCGGAUUCUGGCGACGAGUGGCACCCCGGUGGUGCCAAUUCGGGGACAAUCGCAUGCCGUUCUUCGAAGAAGGGAAGAACGGCAAGGGCAACUAUGAGGGCAGCGUCCGGAGGUUUCGAAUGGACUUGCCUGACGAGCCGGCCGAUGAGACGGCGAACAGAUCCCGUAGAGGCCUGAAGUUCAAGAAGAAGUUGAUCGUCCACGGAUUUACCCCUCGGCGGAGUACAUGUUAG